AUGGCGGCAGAGUACGAUCUGACACCGCGUAUGGCCCCAAAUCUUGACCGGCAUUUAGUCUUUCCUCUGUUAGAGUUUCUUCAAGAGAGACAAAUAUACAACGAUAACCAUAUCCUGAAAGCUAAGAUUGAUCUCUUAAACAACACAAACAUGGUUGAUUACGCCAUGGACAUUCACAAAACACUCUACCAAACUGAAGAUGUGCCUCAGGAUAUGGUUGAACGCAGGGCCGACGUUGUCGCUCGACUCAAGUCUCUUGAAGACGCUGCUGCUCCUCUUGUUGCUUUCCUUCAAAAUGCUGCUGCCGUUCAUGAAUUGAAAGCUGAUAAACACUAUAAUCUUCAGAUGCUUAAUGAUAAAUACCAGAUCGGUCCUGCACAAAUAGAGGCAUUAUACCAAUAUGGCAAGUUUCAGUUUGAAUGUGGAAACUACUCUGGCGCUGCUGACUAUCUUUAUCAGUACAGAGCAUUGUGCACUAAUAGUGAAAGGAGUUUGAGUGCAUUGUGGGGAAAGCUGGCAGCUGAAGUAUUGAUGCAAAACUGGGAUGUUGCUCUUGAAGAGCUCAAUCGCUUGAAGGAAAUAAUUGACUCAAAGAAUUUUUCAUCACCUAUAAAUCAGGUACAAAGCAGAAUAUGGCUGAUGCAUUGGAGUCUGUUCAUCUUUUUCAACCAUGACAAUGGAAGAACACUGAUAAUUGAUCUGUUUAACCAAGACAAGUAUCUUAAUGCAAUCCAAACUAGUGCUCCGCACCUUUUGCGAUAUUUGGCCACAGCAUUUAUUGUCAACAAGCGCAGGAGGCCUCAACUCAAAGAGUUUAUAAAAGUUAUUCAACAAGAGCAGCAUUCAUAUAAGGACCCCAUCACCGAGUUUUUGGCUUGUGUAUACGUCAACUAUGACUUUGAUGGCGCUCAAAAGAAGAUGAGGGAGUGUGAAGAAGUAAUUCUCAAUGACCCCUUCCUUGGUAAACGAGUCGAAGAAAGCAAUUUUUCAACUGUACCAUUAAGGGAUGAGUUCCUUGAAAAUGCUAGGCUAUUUAUUUUCGAGACAUACUGUAGAAUACACCAACGCAUUGACAUGGGAGUACUUGCCGAGAAGCUCAAUUUGAAUUAUGAGGAGGCUGAGAGAUGGAUUGUGAACCUCAUACGAGGCUUAAAGCUUGAUGCCAAAAUUGACUCGCAAACUGGAACUGUUAUCAUGGAAUCUAAUCAUCCAAAUGUGUAUGAGCAGUUGGUUGACCAUACCAAAGCCCUUAACGUUCGUACUUACAAGUUGGUCACUCAACUUCUGGAACAAGCACAAGGUCAAGCAGCUCGUUAA